AUGGAGAAUAAUCAGCAAGGCGACAUCGACCAGGCCAAGUACCUCGACAACGCCAUCCGCGCCGUCAAGGAGAAGAAGCCGCUCCCUGAGAUUGACUUCACCCUGCACACUAUGGAAGAUGGCACCCAAGUGAGCACCAUGGAGCGAGUUUGCAAAGACGUUCAGGCGCCCGCUUUCCACCCGCCCACGCAAGAUCAAUUCCUGUCGCCACAAGAUCGCACGAAACCCAAUUUACAAUUUUUGAAGCAACACUUCUACCGCGAAGGUCGCUUGACUGAAGAGCAGGCGCUAUGGAUUAUACGGAAAGGCACCGAGGUGCUGAAGUCGGAACCCAACUUGCUGGAGAUGGACGCGCCCAUAACCGUGUGCGGUGAUGUGCACGGGCAGUACUACGACCUCAUGAAGCUCUUCGAAGUUGGUGGUGAUCCCGCGGAAACACGCUACUUGUUCCUGGGUGACUACGUUGAUCGCGGAUAUUUCAGUAUAGAGUGCGUUCUGUACCUCUGGUCAUUGAAGAUCUGGUACCCGAAUACGCUUUGGCUGCUUCGAGGAAACCACGAGUGUCGUCAUUUGACCGAUUACUUCACUUUCAAGCUGGAGUGCAAGCACAAGUACUCCGAGGCUGUGUAUGAAGCGUGCAUGGAGUCGUUCUGCGCAUUACCUCUUGCGGCCGUAAUGAACAAACAGUUCUUAUGCAUACACGGUGGAUUGAGCCCGGAGCUUCACACUCUGGAAGAUCUCAAGAGCAUCGACCGUUUCCGCGAGCCCCCAACUCACGGUUUGAUGUGCGAUAUCCUAUGGGCCGAUCCACUGGAAGAGUUCGGUCAGGAGAAGACGAAUGACUUCUUCAUACAUAACCACGUCCGAGGCUGCUCCUACUUCUUUUCAUAUCCCGCUGCGUGCGCCUUCCUCGAGAAAAAUAAUUUGCUCUCGAUUAUCCGCGCUCACGAAGCGCAAGAUGCAGGUUACCGCAUGUACAGGAAAACGAGGACUACUGGUUUCCCCAGUGUCAUGACAAUUUUCAGCGCACCUAACUAUCUAGAUGUGUACAACAACAAGGCUGCAGUCUUGAAGUACGAGAACAAUGUUAUGAACAUUCGACAAUUCAACUGCACACCACACCCGUAUUGGCUGCCAAACUUCAUGGAUGUGUUUACGUGGUCGCUACCAUUCGUUGGCGAGAAAAUCACCGAUAUGCUUAUCGCGAUUCUCAACACAUGUUCCAAGGAGGAACUAGAAGAGGAGACGCCCAGCUCUCUCGCAUCUGGACCCGCAUCCCCGCCUCUCACCGCCAACAUGGAUCCAGAGUCCACCGAGUUCAAGCGCCGGGCGAUCAAGAACAAGAUCCUGGCUAUCGGCAGACUCUCCCGCGUAUUCCAAGUUCUGCGUGAAGAGUCUGAGCGUGUGACUGAGUUGAAGACAGCGUCGGGCGGCCGCCUUCCUGCAGGUACCCUCAUGCUCGGAGCUGAAGGCAUCAAGCAGGCCAUCCACAGCUUUGAAGAUGCUCGAAAAGUCGAUCUCCAGAACGAGCGACUGCCCCCAAGCCACGAAGAGGUACGAAAAUCUCAGGAAGCGAGCCGAGAGCAGGCUCUUGAGAAGGCGAGCAAGGAGGCUGAGAAUGAUGCUGGACUCGCAACGGUUGCGCGCAGAAUCAGCAUGUCAUCUGGCUCCGGACGCAGCAAGCGAAGCUAG